AUGUCGAAUCUUCGAAGUACCGGCCAUUUACCAUUGAAAACAACAAUGACAAAUAAAUGGAAAGCACAAGCACCAAGUAGUGAAUUACUCGAACGACAAACUCGAGCAUUAGAAGAUAGUUUAAAUAAACUAAAACUUGCGAUGCACCCUGAGAAAACAAAAUCUACAACUGAAACAAAUGGUCCUAUUUGGGAUAGAGGUAAAAGCGGACCAUUAUCACAAUAUGCAAAUCAUGUUUUACGUGAUGAACCAAAACGAGUAUUUGAUGCUAAUAAACCAACAAAAGUUCGAAUUUUAACUGAUGAACCACCAGCUCCAAUUACUCGUCCAUCUGUUGUUGCUACUUUACUAUCUGCUAAACCAACUACAAAUAAUAAAAUCAUAAAAUGUGGUCAAUGUGAAAAAGAUGAAGCAAAAAUGAAAUGUCUUGAAUGUGCAGAAUGUUAUUGUACUGGUUGUUUUGCACAUUUUCAUCUUCGUGGUGCUUUACAACGUCAUCGUUGUGUUUCCUUAAAUGAAAGUCGACCAUCAACACCUCAGAAGAAAAAAGCACCUGUUGGUGCAGAUGUUAUUUUUAAAAGUUUACGUGUUGCACAAUCGAAAGAUGAUUUUCUUCAAAGAUCUACAAUGGGAACAGAAAUAUAUGAUUAUAAUGAUGAUGAUAUUAUCGAUGAAGAAGGUGAUGGUGGAGAAUUACUCAAUGGUAAUUAUGAUGAAAAAACGAGUGCAGCAUCAUUUCAACAGGCACUUAUGCAAUGGAGACAACAAGGUGAUGGUGGAAAGAAAAAAUCUCCAAAAAAGAAUCAAUCGAACAAGAAGAAGAAAUCAACACAUGAAGCUGCUGUUGAUACUGUACAAGAUUCAAAUGGAAAAUUAAAUCAAGUAGCAAUGCCAAAUAUUGAAUUUAAUUCAUCAAAAUUAACUUAUGGAGAAAAACUUUUAUUAAAAAAAUAUCGACGUUCAAAUAAGAAUAAUGAAGAAUUUUUCAAUCAAAGAACAACUAAAGCAAAAACAACACCAAGAGAUAAACCGAAGAAAAUAGGACAAAUUCAAGCUAAUCAUUCACUUGAUAUUCCAAAUUUAAAAGAUGCAAAUAUUGAAAUUGAGCCUAUGUACGAUGAUUUAUCAACAAUGCGAACAAAUGAAAGCGCACGAACAAUUACUACAGAACAAAAUCAUCAAAAUGAUAAUUUCGAUCAAGAUGAUGAAGAAGAUGAAGAACUUUUACGUUUAAAGGAACAAGAACGACCUAAAAGUCGUAUAUCAAUAAAACCAACACCACGUCCAAAUAGUUCUGCAAUGAGAAAAAAUUCUGUAUCAUCAAGACCAAGUUCCGUUGCACUUUUUCAACAUCCUUUACCUUCAUUGUUAGCAACAAAGCCUAGUGAUGAUCUUAAAGCAGUUAUUGAUCCUGAAUCACGACCAUCUUCUGCUGCUUUAAAAAAACCAGCUAAAAUUGAUUAUCGACUUCCAACAAUAUGGAAUCGAAAUUGGAAACCUGAACAAAGUAUGUCGGAUGGAAUCGAUAUGAAAUCAAUUAAAGUUGAUCAAGAUGCAAUUGUUCAAUUUGAUUUAGCACUUAAUGAUUUACUUGAUGAAACAAAAAUAGAAGACGCUAGCCGAGCAGAUAAUUCAACUGAUACAAGUCGUCCAUCGACAGCAAGAUUACCACCACCACCACCGUCACCAUCACCAGCACCAAUAAGUGCGCGUUCAAACAAGGAAAAACCAAUUGAUUCCUCAACAAGAACACCACGGACGUCAAUAAACGUGCGUUCAGAGAAAACAAAAUCAAUUGAUUCUACAACGCCAACACCAACACCUCAAACAUCAAUAAAUGUACGUUCAAACAAAACAACACCAACUCCAACACCACAAACAUCAAUAAAUGUACGUUCAAGCAAAGCAACACCAACUCCAACACCACAAACAUCAAUAAAUGUACGUUCAGACAAAACAAAACCAAUUGAAUCACCAUCACCAACACCAACACCAAGGACCCCAAUAAGUUCACGUUCAAACAAAACAAAAUCAAUUGAUUCUACAACACCAACACCAACACCACCAGACCCAUUUAGUUCGCGUUCCGACAAAAUAAAAUCAAUGGAUUCUCCAUCGGCAACACCACGUCAAAAUUCUCUAUUUAAUUUAUCAAAUUCACCUCGUAAAAUGGAUUCAUCAUCAUCAAUGGAAGGAGGAUUUUUUACAGAUGUUAAUCUACGAAAAAGCAUUGCAUCACCACCUACACCUACAAUUGUUGAACGUUCAACAUCAAAUCGUUCUGCACGUUCAUCUGCUGAACAACGUCCAGCUAUACCUAAUUUAAUGACACUACGUAAAACUUCUAUUGAAACAUUAUCACGCCCACCACCAAAACGUUCGAUAACUAUUGAUGAUACUCAUAAUCAAAUCGAUGAUUAUAGUCGACCAGGUUCAUCAGUAUCAUCAGCUUCACUUCCUGUUUCAAUGGUAUCAUCUAAACCUGAUCUGAUUACACGACCAUCAGUUGACCGAUAUCCAAAAGUUAAUGCACAACCUGCACCUCCACCACCACCACAAACUAAGAAAAAAAUACGCGUCGAAUUUCCUAAAAAAUCUGCUCCACCAGUAAUUCCUCCAAUGGUUAUUGAAGGUAAAAAAGUUGCAUCAGCAAAAAAUUCAGCACGUGAUAGUGAUGAACAUUUUCAACAAUCAUUAAAUUCAACUAGAAGUAAAAUAUCAUCAGGUUUACAAAAAUCACAAAAUAUAUUAAAAAAUAGUUCGACUAGUACAAUGACAUCAAUUACACGUGAUGAAAAUGGUUUAAAAGAUGAAAGUUUAACAAUUACAGAUGCAUCUGGAACGAAAAAUAUAAAUCGUCGAUCAACGAAUGUCGAUCGAAAACCAACAAAAUCAAGAGCAAUGGAAUUUACAAUUAAAGAUGGAAUUAAAUGGCAACAAGGAUCAUCUGAAUCAGUACCACAUAAAUCGAUUUCUUCUUCUGCAGUUCGUCAAUCUUCAAAAGCCAAUACUGCACGACCAUCAACGCCAUCAAAUCCAACAAAUUCAAAACUUGCAAAUCAAUUUAGUACAUAUGAUGUUGAUGAUGGCCGAUCAUCACGUGCAUAUCAAGACGUUGAUGAUGAAGAAUCAUUUAAUCAACUUCGCGAAGAACUUUGUUCAGAAUUGGGUAUGACAAGUCCUGGUUGGGAUGCAAGUUUAAGUGAACAUGUAUUGAAAAAUCUUCGAAGUGCCGAAGUACCAUUUAAUGAAAAAGAUUUACAAGAUAAUUUAGCAAUGCUUGAAGUAAAAUUACGUGAAAGUGAAUUAGUUCAACGAUCACAGACAGAUGAUAUUGAUGCAACAGUACAAGAAGAAAUUCGAAAUUUAUAA